AGCGGCUGAAACCCUCCCAAACAUCUGACGAGGUAAACAGAUGCACGUUGGCUGCAGAGAUGUGACUGCUUGAGUGCGGUUGCUACUCAAUAUGUCACUCGGAUAAUGCAGAUGGAAACGGACGAAUACGACUUCCCCUACGUCAAAAAGGAGAGUGCAGAGGAGGAGGGCCGUGGUGGAAGACGGGGUCGGCGUAGCUCGGGCAGCUCCGUUGGCACUUCGGCGUCAGGGGGAGGAGGGCGCAGCAGCAGCGGCGGCGGCGGCAGUGGAAGCAAGCGGGGUGAUAUGCGAGCCAAGCUGGAGCGCAGCCGACAAAGUGCACGUGAGUGCCGGGCACGCAAGAAGCUGCGCUACCAGUACCUCGAGGAAUUGGUGGCCGACCGGGAGAAGGCCGUGCUGGUGCUGCGCCACGAGCUCGAUUUGUACCAACAGUACUUCAAGGAGAUGGACCAGGGCAACAUUCCCCAGGCUGUGCUUGAUAUCCUAGAAAGAGAACACGAAAACGAGAACGAGCAGCAAAUCCCACAAUAAGGAUGACGCAGCGAAGCCUCGUGGCAACUUGCUUGCAUGACAGUGUUGGUUGAUUUGAGCGAAUUGCAGCAGCACAGUGAGCAUGUUCAGGCAAGGAUGAGCUCUGGGUCAUUACUGUCCUUUGGUGUGUGUUACUGACAUCCACUUUGUUCACCUGGAGUUUCAUACUGACCGGCACGAAGGACACAUGAAAAGUAAGGAAAGAAAAUGGGUGUUAUCUCCUUUCAUGCAGUCGGUAUGGCAGCACCAUUCUGGCUUUGUUUUGUUGCACUGUUACCUCCUCGCAGUGUCCUUCGUGCACUUUAGUAUGAAAGUAUACCAACCGAUGCAAAACAUUUAUGUUGCUUAUGUGGAGUGCGCUGCACCAUUCUUUGUUUCCUUGCUUUGCAUUGUUUUUACUUUUUUUUUUCAUUACCAAAGCAAUUUGCUGGAAAGCCAUUCCAGUAGAAACUGUGAUUGAAACGGUCCCCUAAUUUUCUCAGUAGUGAAUAUAUGACGUGGGUUCAUUAGAAUCUUUGUCCAUUAUGUCAAUAGAUGACUUGUGAAGACUUGUGAAGAAACAGAGCCACUAGAAGCAUCAGUGUUGCAGUGGCUGCAUCACUGAUGCAGCCACCUGUAGAGUACCUGUACCUGUACCUACAGAGUACCUGUAGAGCCACCUGUAGAGUACCUGUAGAGUUACCGAUUACCGGAAAGUCAUGACAAGGGUUCGAAUACUUCUUUAGAACUUUCAAAAAGCAGGGAUGCAACAAGAAGCCAACUAAACAUCCCAGAGUUAGCUGCAGUCAUAUGUGCAGUGGCUUUGGUUUCUUUUGAUGAAAUCUGUUCUUGACGAAUAACUUAUUAUAGCACAUCACAUAUGCAGUGCAAUCUAUCUAGUGUGGUUGUUGCAGAUUUUGAAUCUUAUUUAUUUGUGCUGUUGAGCUGGAAUGAUACACAAGUUGGAAAAAAAUAAAUCAUAAUAACUCUCAUGUCUAAUUGUUUUUUUUUUUUCUACUUUAUAUUUCAUUCUGGCCCAGUCGUACAUAUUUUUGUGAAAGCAAAAAAAAUCUUGCAGAGCAAUAUUUUAUUUUUCAGAAAAAUAGUACCAAUAGUUAUAGAAUCAUAUUUACUGUUGUUAUUGAUUAUACAUAUAGCACUUUAUGAAUGCGAUAUUCCUUCUUUCCACUGCUGUGAGACAGGGACAUUGUUCGCUUCGUCAUGGCAUUUUGCAGUCCCCCAGGAACGAUUGGACCCAGGGAUGGAUGUCUCUUAUGUGAUUAUGUAGAACUCUUUUUCAUCGUCGCAGUCAUAUGCUCGGCAACAUAUGGCAGUGCUUGUUCUUCUUAUAUAGUGUUAUACGGUGAAUAUGAUCACACGAUGCACAGUGUGUGAUUGAGACAUUUGUUGGUUAUUUUUACAGCAUCGCUGUUUUCGUGCAUCACAUCUUUGCAAGAAUCAGAUGCAUCAAGCACUUAUUCCGUGUUGCGUUGAAGCUACUUUGUUGUAUUCAAAGGACUAUAAUGUUCCUCUGUUAUGUUUGGUUGCAGCAGGUAUUGCUUUCUUGCUUUGCUCAUUGGUGAUAGUUCUUUAAAGAUGAGCUGUGAUAUGUUACUACUAAUGAUCUUUAAUUAUGUUGAGUUAUUGAGGCAAUAGAAAUUAUUUGUAUGCAGAGUUUUAAAUUUAUGCAGCUAAACUUACAUGGUCAAUGAAUCAGUACCAGCAAAUGGGCUGGAAAGCACUGCUUACUUUUUUUUCACUGGCUGUUUGACUUUAUUGUACAGUUCAUUAUUGUUCUUGAUAGAGGUAUGCAUCUGUUGCUGGACCACUCAGCAAUUUGCAUCAUGCUUGCCAGUGUAGCAGAUUAUGCUUCGCUGUUCUUUUCUGUGUUGGACAAUUGUCAAGAAAUUUUAUGUUGGGUGUUUUCUCUUUUUUUUUAUUAAUCCAAAGACCAGUGUGUUAUGCAAAGAGCAACUCUUGGCACGUGAAAUUUCAAACACUUCCGGUGCGAUGUCAUUGUUAUUUGGCUCCUGUUGCUGCUGUUGUGUGAAUGGAAAGGUAUUGUGCAGGAUUAAAAGCUUGAUUGAUACCAA